GGACCAGCCCUUCUUGCUGCAGAGACCAAGCCGGUUGGGCCUCUGAGCGACAAAAAGGCAUUGCCACCAAUGCGGCGUCCCAAGAUCGGACCCAUUGUCCACAUCCAUGGAAGCCUGUUGAGUCCCAUUGGCUUCUAGAGGGGAAAAUCACAUUCCCAAUUGGGAUCCAGUCCGAAAAAGGCGCCUGUCCCUUGGUCAAUCUCGAACUCGUUGCUUUUUUGGGUGGGCGCCACUGGGCUGGAAAGAACACCUAUUUUCUUUAAAGAAGAAGAAGAAGGACCCGGAAGAAAGUGAUUCCAGGAUUUUUUAAUACAUAUAUAUAUAUAUAUAUAUAUCCAUAUCUAAUAAAUCUCCAUCCUUUAUUUUAUUUUAAUUUCCUUCCCUCUCGACGGGACUUUUUGGAAUGCUGGGCUCCGUCAAAAUGGAAUCGCACGAUAUUUCGGAAUGGACUUCGUACUACAACGACCCCACAGAGGUGUUUCCUUCCGUGAGCACAAUGACCUCCAGUUUGGGGCCCAUGAAUCCGAUAAAUUCCUACGUGACGUUGAAUCCGCUGACGUCCGCCAGCUCCAUGAACAUGGCGUAUCCCAACAGUGGCUUGAGUAGCCCGUCUCUCACCGGACUGACCAACGCCGCCAGCCCCAUCGGCCUCCCGACCGUGGCCUCUCCGGUCAGUCCAGUGUUGACUCCACUGGGCAGCCAGUCAUCCAGUCUCAAUUCCCUCUCGCCGUACCAAAACGUCGGACAGGCGAUGACCCCACUGGGCUACUCUCCGUCCGGCAUGAACCGGCCCAAGGAGAUGGGCAAGUCCUACCGGCGUACGUUGACCCAUGCCAAGCCGCCCUACUCAUACAUCUCCCUCAUCACCAUGGCCAUCCAGCAGGCCCCCAGCAAGAUGCUGACCCUCAACGAGAUCUACCAGUGGAUCAUGGACCUCUUCCCCUACUACCGCGAAAACCAGCAGCGCUGGCAGAACUCCAUCCGCCACUCCCUGUCCUUCAACGACUGCUUCGUCAAGGUGGCCCGCUCCCCGGACAAGCCCGGCAAAGGCUCCUACUGGGCCCUCCACCCCAAUUCGGGCAACAUGUUUGAGAACGGCUGUUACCUGCGACGCCAGAAGCGCUUCAAAAUCGAGGACAAGGCCAAGAAGGUCAACGCAAAGGCUUCCGGGGGCCAAGACUCGGCCUCCAAGGUUUCAGAAGGGCUCCAGGAGGGGCAGAGUCCCAACACUAGUUCGGAAGGGGCCGAGUCGGGCCACUCCGAUACCUCUCACGGCUCGGAGGAGCAACGGGGCCUGGUCCAGCUAGAUUGUUCUGGGGGGCAGGGCUCAUCCCCGGCUUCUGAGGCCUCUCCGGCCCCCAUUUCCCAGUCCUUGAAUAGCCACUACUUUGCCACCUCCAUCACCAACCUAGAUCUCCCCAGUGACCUUAAAAUGGACCCUCAGUUCAACUUCAACCACCCUUUUUCCAUCACCAAUCUGAUGUCAACGGAGCAGAGCCAGAAGGUUGACCUCAAGUCCUACGAGCAAGCCAUGGCGUACAGCGGUUACGGCUCCCCACAUUCGGUGGAAAGCAAACAUCCCUAUGAGACCUCCACCUCCCUCAGCGAGACCGGCUCCUACUAUCAAAGCCUCUACAACCGCUCCUUACUCAACGCCUCAUAGGGUUGUCUUGCUACAAUGCAGACAAAAUAAAUAAAAUAGGGGAGAAGGGGAAGGAGGCCAGAAGUAUGAGAGAUGCUCCUCCUGGUGUCUUCAUCAUCAAGACCUUCCCAGUGCCAAUCUAUUGCAACAAGGCCAGUAGAAAGGAGUAUCAAAGCCAUCAUGAAGAGACCUGGUCUACUGGACUCUUAAGCUUUCCAGACCAACAUUGUCUCAUAGUGGUCAACGGCCUGCCAUUUCAAUAGACUCAUUUGCCCAUAAUGAUUAGGAGAGCAGGAAGGAAGAAAAAGUCUGUGUCUUAUUGAGACCCACCACCACAUGGGUAUGAAGGAUUGGAUUUUGGACUCAAUGAUUCCUGGAUCCAUCCAUCAUCACCUUGGCUUGGUUGCACUCUUCCCAAGAGCAAAUCCCGCCAUCUCCAAUGGAUCAGCCUCACUUGUUGAUACUGUCACCAGUGGAGUGCUGAUGGGAAUCCAUGCAUACGUGAGAAGGAACAUAGGAAAGGUCAUUCUGAAAGAUGGACCAAGCUGAGGACCAUCCUUUGGUCCAGGACAGGCUGACUUUCCGGCUUCAAGGCAGAUGUUACAGUCAAUGAUCGAACUCUCAUCUUCGGCUUCUCGAACCCACCAUUAGGUCAGAAUCACACUUGGCAAACUCUGUUGUUACAUGCAAAGGAGUUUGGUUACACCCAAGACAAUUUAGGUCUAUGACUAAAGAGAAACAAGGAGAAUAUAGUUCAGAUAUUUUUUUUGUAAAUGCGGCUUUAUAUUUAAAUAUUUGUGCUUUCUGUCACGGGAAAGGGGUCAGAGUUGAUUUAAUAUAUCGUACUUUAGAGACAAUUCAGGGGGGUGCCUUUUGUUUCUGUCUCUUUUUUUGGUAUUAUCAAUAAUUAAAACCAACGGUAUCCAGUGCC